AUGGCCAUGAGCGCAGCUUCCAGCAUGGUCAAAUGCCCACCUGAUUUUGGAGUGCACGCACACUGUCAGCAAGAUGAGCCCCCAAAGCCAUCUCAUAUCAUCCCAUCCAAACUCAUUGAGAAUACUCAAAGUGCAAUAGAAUUAUAUCGCUCUGGCCAGAAGCUCUGGAUAGGCCGCGAUCUUGAACGGAUUGAAUAUGAGCUUGCCCAUUGUCGGACCACGCCAUCGUUUACUAUUCGUCGCAUCGAUGGUUCGACGAUCUCUGUCAAGAAUCCCAUGUUUGGCGUCGUCAACCCUAUAUGGAAACCGUAUGUCAAGUUCCAACAUUACUGGUACUUAUUCAAUCAAGGGCCUGAAAAUCCACUGUUAGAAGGCGUCCCUCCGCACUCCUCUCCUUAUUAUUCAUAUUUUAUUGCCUGGGAGAAUCGCACAUAUGGAGACUUUGUGGAUGGUGAGCACAGCUGCUUGGGAUGGAGAUUUCAGGAGGCCCAAACGCGGUGGGGGAAGAGUUGGAGCUGUGGCUUGCUCGAGGACAAGCUCGCUACUUUCAACGCUUCGAAGAGGAUUACGAAAGUCUUGUGUUUCGGCUUGGGGGAUAUAACGCCUCUGUCUCGUCACGAUGCUCGCGCGGAGUUUGACGAAGAAGUAGCUCUCCAGGACCUGAAUGCUAGCUUAAACCAGCACGCCGUUGCGCUGACCAUAGCCGCUGCAUUUCGAGCAAAGACACCCAACAAUAUGGAGAUCUUUGCUCAGGAUCCUGCGUAUAGUCAGGCAAGCAAGACCCUAUUGGAGAGUCUCGGGGUUAGAGUUGUCGGUGAACACGGCGCCGGUGGCUUCAGCAAGAUUGACCAAGAAUCCGUCGUGUUCUUCUGCUACCCCGCUGCUCCCGUAAGGCAGAUCAUAGCAGACCUCGGGAGGCCGGCUUUGAUCAUCGGGAAUGGCGACAGUCUUGUUCUAAACGAAAACCAGUCUCUUCCGUUUCCUUUCGACGCCGAAUCCCCGCGAACAAGGGAGAUGUGGCGGGAGUACACCCGACAUGAGUUCAAGAUCGUGGAGCAGGACGAGGAGAACCUAAUGGGUUUAAGAGGCUUGAGUAUCUACGUCCGGAAUGAUAUAAUGAGAUACGACUGUUUAAAGUCUAAAGGUGAGGGCGGGAGCGAUACUGAAGCGUCGAGUAGAGCCAUGUAA